GGCGGUGGCGGCUUGAGUCGGCUCCGGGCGGCCCCCGCGCCGCAGCCCGCGCCGUGUCCGCGGCGGAGCUGCCCAGGUGCGCAGGAGGAUGGUGGCGCGGCCCUAGGCCCAGGCCCCGCACCAUGAGCUGCUGGCUGUGCUUCCUGAGCCUGCACCUGCUGCUGCUGCCCGCUGCUCCGCCUCCCGCCGGGGGCUGCCCAGCCCGCUGCGAGUGCACCGCCCCGACGCGCGCCGUGGCCUGUGCGCGCCGCCGGCUCACCGCCGUGCCCGACGGCAUCCCAGCCGAGACGCGCGUGCUGGAGCUGAGCCGCAACCGCAUCCGUUGCCUGAACCCGGGCGACCUGGCUGCACUGCCGGCGCUAGAGGAGCUGGACCUGAGUGAGAACGUGAUCGCGCACGUGGAGCCAGGAGCCUUCGCCAAUCUGCCGCGCCUGCGCGUCUUGCGUCUCCGCGGCAACCAGCUCAAGCUCAUCCCUCCCGGCGUCUUCACGCGCCUGGACAACCUCACGCUAUUAGACCUAAGCGAGAACAAGCUGGUCAUCCUGCUAGACUACACCUUCCAGGACCUGCGCAGCCUCCGCAGGCUCGAGGUGGGCGACAACGAUCUGGUGUUCAUCUCGCGCCGGGCCUUCGCGGGGCUGCUGGCGCUCGAGGAACUGACCCUGGAGCGCUGCAACCUCACGGCGCUAUCCGGAGAGUCGCUCGGCCACCUGCGGGGCCUGGGCGCCCUGCGGCUGCGGCACUUGGCCAUCGCCGCCCUGGAAGACCAGAACUUCCGGAAACUUCCCGGACUGCUGCACCUGGAGAUUGACAACUGGCCGCUGUUGGAGGAGGUGGGCGCGGGCAGCCUGCAGGGCCUCAACCUCACCUCGCUGUCGGUCACCCACACCAAUAUCACCGCAGUGCCGGCCGCCGCGCUUCGCCACCAGGCACACCUGACCUGCCUCAACCUGUCACACAACCCCAUCAGCACGGUGCCGCGCGGGUCCUUCCGCGACCUGGUCCGCCUUCGCGAGCUGCACCUGGCUGGAGCCCUGCUGGCUGUGGUCGAGCCGCAGGCCUUUCUGGGGCUGCGGCAGAUUCGCCUGCUCAACCUCUCCAACAACCUGCUGUCCACGCUGGAGGAAAGCACGUUCCAUUCAGUCAACACGCUGGAGACGCUGCGCGUGGACGGUAACCCGCUGGCCUGCGACUGUCGCUUGCUAUGGAUUGUGCAGCGCCGCAAGACCCUCAAUUUCGACGGGCGGCUGCCGGCCUGCGCCACCCCCGCCGAGGUUCGCGGCGACGCGCUGCGCAACCUGCCGGAUUCGGUGCUGUUCGAGUACUUCGUGUGCCGCAAGCCCAAGAUCCGUGAACGGCGGCUCCAGCAGGUCACAGCCACUGCGGGCGACGAUGUUCGCUUCCUCUGCCGUGCCGAGGGCGAGCCGGCGCCCACCGUGGCCUGGGUGACGCCGCAGCACCAGGUGGUGACAGCCACCAGCACGGGCCGAGCACGCGUGCACUCAGGGGGAACGCUGGAGAUCAGGGACGCGCGGCCGCAGGACAGCGGCACCUACACCUGCGUGGCCACCAACGCGGGCGGCAACGACACCUACUUCGCCACGCUGACCGUGCAGCCCGAGCCAGCGGCCAACCGGACCCUGGGCGAGGGCCGCAAUGAUACGCAGGCGGCCGCCCGCGCCCCACUGGACCUCACCACCAUCCUGGUGUCCACGGCCAUGGGCUGCAUCACCUUUCUCGGCGUAGUCCUCUUCUGCUUUCUGCUGCUGUUCGUGUGGAGUCGCGGCCGCGGGCAGCACAAGAAUAACUUCUCAGUGGAGUACUCCUUCCGCAAGGUGGAUGGCCCGGCUGCCGCUGCGGGCCAGGGCGGUGCCCGAAAGUUCAACAUGAAAAUGAUCUGAAGGGUCCCCAGGGGCUGCCCUACCCCUUCCCCACUGGGACUGUUGGCUCUGGCCCUGCCAGGAGGGCCAGUCUGAUUUCCACCUAUGCAUUUUCUGGAAGGGGAGGCAGUGGCUGCAAGGCAGCUCCUGGAAGAACUUCCCCUUUUUUGUAAACCCAACCACAGGACUGUUUUUCAUCAGAAUGCAUCUUUUGCAGUUUCUCAAGCAUUUUCUAAAGGUAUCAACCCGUCUUCCUG